UCCUACUUCAAUCUAGACAAAUUGCAUCAUAUCCCACUGAAAUAUUCAUGAAAGAAAUGGAACUUUUGUGCACAAUCUUCUUCUUGAUAUCAUAUGCACUACUCGUUCUCUUGCUAAUAGUCACUUUUCUCCUUCUCAAGAUAUGCACCGGCAAAUCCAUCAAGAAUCCCAAUUACCCUCCAGUAAAGCGUACCGUUUUUGAACAGCUCUUCUACUUAAACAAGCUCUACGACCAUCAAACCCAAGUGGCCAAAAGUCAGCCAACUUUCCGGCUGUUGGCACCUGGUCAAAGUGAGAUAUUCACGGCUGAUAUCCGAAACAUAGAGCACAUACUGAAAACAAACUUUGAUAAGUACUGCAAGGGCGAGUAUAAUCAAGAAGUUCUUAAGGAUCUUUUGGGUCGAGGGAUUUUUGCGUCGGAUGGAGAGCAGUGGCGACAGCAGAGGAAGGUUGCAAGCUUUGAAUUCUCGACAAGGGUUGUUAGAGAUUUUAGCUGUUCCAUAUUUGGAAGUAAUGCUGCUAAACUUGUCAGGGUUCUACAGGAGUUGACGGUUUCGGGUCAGGUUUUUGACAUGCACGAUAUGCUGAUGAGAAGCACAUUGGAUUCAAUUCUGGAAAUCGGGUUUGGAAUAGAAUUAAAUUGCUUGGAAGGGUCAAACGAGGAAGGAGCUGUAUUUACGAAGGCUUUUGAUGAUUCUAAUGAACUGAUUUACUGGCGUAUUAUUGAUCCUUUCUGGAAGCUAAAACGGGUUUUGAACAUUGGCUCUGAAGCUGUCCUGAAGAAGAAUAUCAGAAUAAUUGACAGUUUCGUUUACAAUGUCAUUAGCACCAAGAGGAAACUGUUAGCCAUGCAACGAGAAUAUUGCGUUGUGAGGGAAGAUAUACUUUCAAGGUUUUUGGCAGAAAAAAGGAAAAAUCCAAAGGUGAUGAAUGAUCAAUAUCUAAGGGAUAUAAUUUUGAACUUUAUGAUAGCUGGGAAAGAUACUUCGGCAAAUGCCCUGUCAUGGUUCCUUUACAUGCUGUGCAAAAACCCAUUGAUACAAGAAAAAGUGGCUCAAGAAGUGAGAGAUGUCAUCGGCAGGAAAGAGAAUGAUGCCGAUAUUGAUAAUUUCAUGGCAGCUAUAUCCGAUGCAGAUCUUGAGCAAAUGCAUUAUCUUCAUGCAGCACUAACAGAGACUCUGAGAUUAUAUCCUAUAAUUCCUCUGGAUGGGGUUCGUGCAAAGAUGGAUGACAUUCUCCCGGACGGCUACAAAGUCAAGAAAGGAGAUGGGGUUUUCUACAUGGCCUAUGCCAUGGGUAGAAUGACUUACGUUUGGGGAGACGACGCUUGCAAUUUUCGACCAGAAAGAUGGCUCAACAACGGAGUUUUCCAACCACAAUCACAUUUCAAAUUCAUAGCAUUUCAUGCCGGUCCUCGCAUGUGUUUAGGUAAAAAUUUUGCAUAUAGGCAGAUGAAGAUAAUCUCAAUUGCUCUUCUCCACCACUUUCGCUUCAAAUUAGCCGAUGAUAAGGAAAACUUAACUUAUAGGACCAUGCUGACGCUUCAGGUCAAGGGUGGCCUCCACCUCCAGGCAGUUCCAAAGACGACAAAUACUCAAUGAAUUUCCAGGCAUUAUUGUCGGAAAUCUUUAAAAAUGUUCAGUACUUUUCAUCACGGAUAGUAACACC